AUGACCACAGAGUACAAGCAGCUUCGAUUAUCUAUUAUGAAGCAUGCAGACCUCCCGAUGGGGCAUAUCACAGACAUAGUGGCGAUGUACUUCCGUUAUGUCAUGUUAUCCCAUCGAUGGGGUGAGAACGAGCCGCUGUUGCAUGACAUCCAAGACAAGAUCGUGUACAAGCUGAAUGCAGCCGGUCUCAUCAAGUUGCAGUCAUUUUGCAAAGUUGUUCUUCAAGCAGGAUUUCACUGGGCCUGGGUUGACACGUGCUGCAUCGAUCAGAAAAACCAUGUCGAGCUCCAAAAAUCACUCAACUCCGCAUUUGCCUGGUAUCACAAUUCUGCGCUCACGGUCGUCUACCUCUCGGAUGUUCCGUCUUCGUCCAAGGCUGGCGCACUGGCUAAGAGCGCCUGGAACACCCGAGGAUGGACUGUUCCGGAAUUCCUCGCUCCUAAAGUCAUUCACUUCUACCAACAGGAUUGGACUCCAUACCUCGAUAAUCUCUCUUUCAACCAUAAGGAGUCUGUGGAGAUCAUGCACGAAUUGGAGGAUGCGACAGGCAUAGAUGCAUGCACUCUUGUUGCCUUUCAACCAGGCAUGAAAGAUGCCCGAGAGAAGUUACAAUGGGCGUCUACGCGUGUCACCACUGUGCCAGAAGACAUUGCAUACUCAUUGUUUGGUAUCUUUGGCAUCCAGUUACCCAUCCUUUAUGGCGAAAAUGCGCAAAAUGCACUCGGGCGACUCCUGCAAGAGAUCGUGGCUCGUUCAUGGGACAUCACUAUCCUGGACUGGGUUGGACAACCAUCCAAGUUCAAUAGUUGUCUUCCAGCCGACAUCACCGCAUACGCAGCUCCGCCAUGUGUCCUACCAUAUUUAUCUGAAGAUGAGAUCCAGACCGCAGUUUCUUCGCUACGACACACUGUAGCUAUGGAUAAAGCUUUGAAACUUUACAACCAGCUUAACAACAUGAGCUAUCCUGGCUUUGCAAAUUGCAGGCUGCGCGGAGGCCUGGUGCAGCCGAAGGGACAUUGUUCUCAUACGGAGUCAAAGCAGACACUUGAUGAUCUGCUGAUCACCACCGAAGAGAGGCUUGCUCAAUUUUCGCGGCUCAGACCAACUCAACAAACAUUCUUACUUGUCUGCCCUUGGGAUCGUCGCCUCCUCGAGCUGCCCGACUUCACAGAUUCGGACGAUACACAAAGCCCAGGAGGUUGGUCUGAGCUCGAGUCUCUUGACAGCUCGCCUGGAGAAGAGGAAUUGACUAAUUCGGAAUCUUACUCACAAGCAUUGCGAUUGAUCGCUCGCCUCGGACAGCCGUUUGAUGCUUUUUUGCUGGCCCAGCAGCGCAGUGGAGCAUACAAAAGGAUCACAUCAGAUUGUGAUAUCAUUGCUCAAGUCAAAGACAUGACCUCUGUGCACAGCAUGAUGGACAUCAGGGGCCAGUCAUCCGUAACACCUACACCAGCCCCUGCUCUGCUAGACUCCCGACGUGGCAGCACACCGCCUGUACUUAGAAAGACAGCGGUCUGGACCGCUGUGACACCGCCCCUGGCCUAG